AAAAAGUAUAGUAUACAUUUGAUGUAACAGAAGUGGUAACAGUCAAUUAUAAAAUGUCUUCCAUAAAGUUUGGGGUUUUAACAGUUAGCGAUAGUUGUUCUCAAAAUGAAUUAAAUGACAAGAGUGGCCCAGCUUUGGUAAGUUUACUUACAGAUGCAAGUACUGAAAUUAACCAAAUACUAAACAGUCGAGUACAAUGUACUGCUGUAGUACCAGAUGAGGAGUUUGCUAUUAUGAAAAUCUUAGUCCAAUGGGCUGACAAAGAUGAUGUUAAUGUUAUUUUGACUACUGGUGGAACUGGCUUUUCAAACAGAGAUGUUACUCCUGAAGCAACAAAAAAGGUCAUUCAUAAAGAAGCUCCUGGAAUUUCUUUAACCAUGAUGAUAGAAAGUUUGAAAAUUACACCUAUGGCAGCAUUGUCAAGAGCUGUGUGCGGUAUUCGUGGUAAAACUUUGAUUAUAAAUCUACCUGGGUCACCAAAAGCUGCAACAGAAUGUUUAAGUGCAGUAGCAAAAGUAAUUCAGCAUGCUGUAGAUUUGAUAUUAGAUCACACAAAGAAUGUCAAAAAGACUCAUCAUCAUAUUCAACAAAGUAAUAAUCACCACAGCUGUCCACACAAAAAAGACCAAACUUCACUAAAUUUGGAUGAUGUAGCUGGUCGACUGAGAGAGUCACCGUUUCCAAUGAUUAGCAUAGAAAAAUCCCAGGAGAUUUUAAAAGAAACGGUUCCUAAAAAUAUAUCUACUGAAAAAAUAAACAUUUGGGAAUCUUUUGGAAGAGUUCUAGCUGAAACAGUUUAUUCUCCAUGUAAUUUACCCCCAUUCAGAGCAUCAAUCAAGGAUGGAUAUGCUGUUAUUGCAAAAGAUGGUAAAGGCAGAAAGCAAGUUUUAGGUGGCUUGGAAGCUGGCCAUGAACCAGGAGUUUUGAAAGUUGUACCUGGGACUUGUGUAAGAAUAAAUACGGGGGCUGCUGUACCAGAUGAAGCCACAGCUGUGGUGCAAGUUGAAGACACAAAGCUGCUGGAAAAAGGGUCCGAUGGAAAGGAAGAGAAAGUAAUUGAAAUUCUCAUAGAUCCUAAAGAAAAUCAAGAUAUAAGGCCAAUUGGCAGUGACAUAAAAAAGGGUAUUGCAGUUUUGAAAGAAGGAAUAAGAAUUGGAGCAAUUGAAAUGGGAAUUUUAACUGCUUGCGGAUUUUCACAAGUUCCCGUAACGUGCAUUCCGAAAAUUGGCGUACUGUCCACUGGUAAUGAAUUGCAAAUUGCCGGUGAGGUUCCAAAACCAGGACAUGUUUAUGAUAGCAACAAAAUUACACUGAUAAUGAUGUUGAAAGAAAACGGAUAUAAUGCUGUUGAUUUAGGAAUAGCCACCGACCAAGAAAAGGUGAUGAUUAAUACAAUUGAAAAAGCUCUACAAGAAGUUGAUUUAAUUAUCACAACAGGAUCAGUAUCUAUGGGUGAUAGAGACAUGUUAAAACCUAUUCUAAAAGAAGUUUUUAAUGCUACUAUUCACUUUGGUCGCGUCAAUUUAAAACCAGGGAAGCCGACGACAUACGCUACUUGCGAAUACAAUGGAGUAAAAAAAUAUUUUUUGUGUUUGCCUGGUAAUCCUGUGUCUGCAAUGGUUACAGCGAAUAUCUUCGUAUUUCCGUUACUGAACCACUUAACUAAAAACAACUCGAAACCAAUCGUCGUGAAAGCUAAGCUAACAUCAAAGUACGUGCUGGACUCGAGGCCGGAAUUCGCGAGAGUGAUUCUCGAGUGGUCGGACGGCGAGCCAUAUCCAAAGGCCUACAGUACCGGCAAUCAAAUUAGUAGCAAAUUGCUAAGCUGCAAGAACGCAAACGCCUUGCUGAUGCUGCCUGGCAAAAGCGCCCAGCUGACCGAGCUCGCCGAGGGAGAACUCAUUUCCGCUAUGCUGCUCGGAUUCAAUCAGCAUGUUGCUUGAUCUCCCUAUUCAUAUAUAUAUAUAUGAACAAUAAUAUACACACACCCACGCACACACACACGCGCGCGCGCGCGCAUUAAAUUGUUCUUCAACAACUUUUCCGAUUCUAUACUUGAUGGUUGUAUUUUAAUAAACAUUGUUUUUCGUUAUAUCAAAUGGAAUUUCUUUUUAAGAAAUACUGUGUUCUUAACUGAAUACCGCCCUUGAUUAAUGUAAUUAUUACUAUUUAUACAUUUUUACGUUUGUAACUAUCAUAACUAAUACAAAAUAUAACGUGUGAUAUUUAAAACAAAAUAUCCAAGUGCCAAUUGUGAGUUAUAAAAGUCAAUAUUUAAUGUCGUAAUAAAAAUUGUACAGUACAUUAA